CCUAUGCUGAACCUACACGCCGCGACAUUCAUUAAUUGAUCAGCCGGCAAUACGAUGUCGAAGUCUCCAUCACCACCAGAGGAUGGGUCGCACUCGGCGCGGAGUAAGAUGAAGGGUUUCCUGAAAGAGGGGCUCUCGAGGGGGAAGGACGAACUCCUGAAGGGGAAACUCAAGCUCGAGCAUUCGCUUGGACUAGGCCACAAACCCAACGUCAUACCUCCUGACGAGGUCGAUAUCAACGCGGAACACCGCGCCGUCGAGAUCGGCUGGCAUCCCGUUGCGGGAUUGGCAGGUAAAUGGUUUGCCGAGAAGACGGGCCUCGGCAGGAUGGUCACGGAGAAGAUCCACAAGUAUCCGGACCCGACACAACACUGGGCUGUGCUUGUGGGUGAUUAUUGUCACGAGCUCUGGAUGGACGAGCACCUGGAUGUGAUCUAUAUAAACGAGAAGGUCGUCCGGGAGGAGUGGCACACAUUCGAAGUCGGCAAGACGAAGUUCAAUGACGAGGCGCUCAGGCAAGCCGGCGAGAUGGUCAUAUACAACAUGAGGACAAAGCAACCGGGCUACAACAUCAUCAGCAACAACUGCCAGAACUUCGCCACGCUGAUGCUGGACGCAAUACAAGUUGGCGCACACAGGGAGUUCGCAACAAGCUUUGCUGUCUACCAGAGAGCCAUCGGAGCUGGCAGCAUUACGGACCUCUUCGCCGAUAAGGUGGAGGAGGAGGAGGAAGUGGAAAGGCCGCCUGAAGGGUUCCGUCUAAGCGUCGUGCAGUUCGCACAGAAGGUGAUGGACCAGCAUACGUCAAAGCUGGAUAAUCACCAUUCGCUCUUCUAACGCCUAUGACUUGUCACCGACGCUUUCCGGGGCGCAACUGAUACCCACCUGGCUUGCGGCACACGAAUCGUAAUGAUACAUCGCCGACUGACCCUCAUACUGAAUGCAACUUGAAUUUCUUACUCGAAAAUAUUAGCUCAAUAAGCGUAUCUCUACUAAGACUGUAAACCCCGUCGGGCCAAGUCCGGGUCCCGACGAUCCUAUGCGGACAAAUGUCGGGCCAGAACACUGCACUGUCCCAUCCUACCCCGCCGGGUAGCUCCCGCAACCCCGCCUUGGAG